AUGCCCCAAUUACUCGUCUUUUAUUCCUCCGUCGCGUCUCGUCUUUUUGACACGAGCUUCAAACGUCCGAGCGGCGCCGGGGUCAGAGCGGGAACUGGACCAAGACUCCAAAACUCGACGUGGGUGGGCGGCGGCUUCAUCGUGGGCACGGCGGAGGCGGUCUAUAACCCGUCCAUGGGGCUGAUCUGGGCCGUCAUGCCCAUCUCCGCCACGCUCUGCUUCGUCAUCGGAGGUUUGUUCUUCGCCGAACCCAUGAGGAACAACAAGUACGUGACCAUGAUGGACCCGUUCCAGAUCAAGUACGGGAAGGUGCCCACGGCGGCGCUCUCCCUCGCCUCGCUCAUCUCCGAGAUCAUGUGGGUGACCGGGACCCUCAUCGGACUAGGCGUGACCAUGAGCGUGAUCCUGGACCUGUCCUACACCGUGAGCAUCUGGAUCUCCGCUGCCGUGGCCAUCACCUACACUCUGCUGGGAGGACUCUACUCUGUGGCCUACACCGACAUCAUCCAGCUCGUGCUCAUCUUCAUCAGUCUGUGGUUGUGCGUGCCCUUCUCCAUGAUGAGUCCUGCAGUGUUGGACAUCACGCAGACGGCCUAUAACUUCACCUACCAGAACCCGUGGGUGGGCUCGCUGGACGGGGACCGGGCCUGGAGGUGGAUCGAUAACUUCCUGCUACUGGGUUUGGGAAACCUGGGUCUGCAGAACUUCCACCAGAGGACGCUGUCGGCCACCUCCUCGUCCACGGCCAAGAUCACCUGCUUCGCCGCAGCCUUCAUCGUCCCCACGCUGGGCAUCCCUCCCAUCCUGCUGGGGGCGGUCGCUGCAUCCACAAACUGGAACCUGACGGCGUACGGGCCUCUGUCUCCGGUGGAGCGAGGGGAAACCGGUCUGAUCCUGCCCAUCGUGCUGCAGUACCUCACCCCCUACUACAUCUCCAUCAUCGGCAUCGGGGCCGUGGCCGCCGCCGUGAUGUCGUCCACAGACUCCGCCCUCCUGUCCGCCGCCUCCAUCUUCACCUCCAACAUCUACAAGAACAUCCUCCGGCCUCAGGCAUCGGAGCGCGAGAUCCAGUGGGUGAUCCAGGGCUCGGUGGUGGUGGUGGGUCUGGCCGGGACGUCCCUCACGUUCCUGGACAACAGCGUCCUGAUGAUCUGGCUGCUGCGCUCGGACCUGACCUACACGCUGAUGCUGCCUCAGCUCGUCUGCGUCCUCUUCUUCAAAGUGUCCAACGGGUACGGCGCCGUGCUGGGCUGCGCCACCGGGAUGCUCCUGCGGGUGCUGUGCGGAGAGCCCGUGCUCGGCAUCCCCCCCGUGCUCAUGUUCCCCGGGUGCGCCCUGGUGAACGGCGUGUACGUGCAGACCUGGCCCAUCAGGACCAUCUGCAUGCUCUCCGCCGUCCUGGCCAUCUUGUUUUUCUCGUACGUGGCGGCGCAGCUCUUCGACAGGGGCAUCAUCCCGGAGAAGUUCGACUUUUUCAACGUGAAGCACGCGCUGCCCCAGAGCGGAGCCAAGAAAGAGGAGAGUCUGAAGCUGGAGAGCGAGCAGACGGAGGCCACACAGCCCAUGUUAGAGUCUCCGUGUUAGGCACAGAUCCGGGGCUGUGUACUCUGAAUACCUCCAACAUCACUGACUGUUUGUCAUCACAUAUAGUGCCCUCAGAUAUACUGGCUACAGAGUCCAGAGAGACGCUCCAGGGCUGAGGCUGCACUCUGCUUUAUAUCUGUAUUUAAACCAGACAUAUGCAAAAUACACCUACAGGAGUUUUGACGCUCUAAUGUUUCCCCCUCGUCAUUAUCUCACUCAGAGCUGUAGUUUCAGUGACUCAUGUUUGAGCAAUUCUUUAUUGUCCUGCAUUUGAGCCUUGAGCGCUCUAGAAAUAUCUGUUUUCACCUACCCCCUAUCCCUGCCCACUGCUCUUACUGGAAAAAAAAUAUCUACGCAAGUUAAAACGACUUAAAUUAAGAGAAGAGUCGAUUCAACUUGACAAGUAAAAUUAUCCACCAAAGGAAUAAGUGUGUUUUUCUUAAUUCAAGCAACAUUCGAUUUUGUUUCUUAUUUUAAGUACAAAAAAGUUGUUGUUUUUCUUUUUUUAAGUGUAGCAAGAUGUAUUUUCAUAUUUUUAGAACAAAAAGUUUUAUUCCUUUGGCGGAUCAUUUUACUCGUCAAGUGAAAUUAGCUGAAAUCAUGAUAAAACUUUCUUAAUUCAAGUCAUUUUAACAUAAAAUCACAUUAAAAUCAGAACCGCUGCUCCAAAAAGUCGUGUUGGCGUUUCUGCAGAGGAAACGUCACUCUGAAGACGCGGGACCAACAGGAAUGCACUGAUGCCGAUAUCCAAAAAUGGCGCCGAUACUGAAGAAUUAGAAUUAAAAAUGAUCGGUUCCGUGAUAUCGGUUCAUCUGAUAUCCUUUAAUCGGAUGCGAAAGGCUCUAUUCACGGUUUCGUCACAAACCAAGAAAACAUUUGGAAACAUGCGAUGACGACUUUCGGCGGGCUCCGUACGAAGUCUGACAAAAUUUAAGAAAAAUGAGAAAAUGUCCCAGUUUUUUUUUUAUCUCUUCGUGGCUCCUCGGCUGUAACAAUUCACAAUUCCACCACCCCACACUUAAGGUCACCCUGUCCCCCAAAACCCAAACACAAAUAUUAAUCACAGUGCAAAAAAAAAACCCUAAAAAACAUUAUUUUACUUUACUAGUCCCGAAAAGUUCCCAAAGUUUUCCCACGCCGUACAGCAAACAUCAAGUGAGUCUGUAGAGUCUGUAACGUUACUCACGAUAUCCACGCUCCCGUAAUUUCUCACAACCCGGCAUUGGAUUGUACUUUUCCGCGGGAACUGCCGGGUUGUGAGAGAAAUUGCAGGAGCAUCAUGAGUAUCACGAGUAACAUUACAGACUCUACUCGACUCUACCAACUCACUUAACGUUUGCUGCACGGCGUGGGAAAACUUUGGGAACUUUUUGGGACACGUGAAAAUCCAAAAAUACAGCGAUAUAAUCCACAGUGUCACACCCUCUGAGCUUCCCCUCUCCACUUAAAUCUCCCGUGUGUCUGAAGAGGAAGCGACCAACAGUCUAAUACACACAAAGAAACGAUAGGGUGACCAUAUUUUCGUUUGUGAAAACCCGGACACCUUACCGGAGAUGGGGGAAGUUGCCUCGACACUGAGCUACUCUCAUCUCGCAAACUGUGCGCAUGGCCUCCCACUUGUCUCGACCGGGACAGAAAACGGGGAAUUUCUUGUCCAAAUCAUCGUUAAAUGCGCAUUUGUGCUUCGGCGUGUUGCAGACCGACCGACUGUUUGUGUCUCGCUCCUUCUGAGUUACAGAGGCUACGAGAGACGCUCAGUUUAAUGGCCCCAAUGAAAGAUCAUGAAAACCCGGACAUCUGCAUCACUUUAUAAAAAAAAAAAAAAAAAACCCAGACGCUCAGGACAGGACCCAAAAAACAGACAUGUCUAGGGAAAAACGGAUGUUUGGUCACCCUAAGAAACGAUCGUAUACAAUAAAUAUUAAUAACAAAUACGUUUUUCACCCCAGCUGAGCGAAUAGAGAUUCCAGAUGAUUCCAAACGCUGAUCACAUUUACUUCAACGGGUCGGUAGGCGAGCCCAGUGUCGGGAACUACACCGUAAAACAACAGAAUAUAACAUUUAACAAAAUACAAUAAUCAACAUCAAAACAAAACACAAAAGCACAGAGUAACACCCACAACAAAUAUGAAACAUGGACACAAGUUUGAUUAAAUAAAACUAAAGUAACAUGGUAGAGCAUCUUAACCAAACUGCCAGGCCUCCUUAUAUUGACAUUUUGGCUUAACUUAAAUUAUGUUUUUUCUACACCGGAAGUUGCCAUCGCAUGUUUCCAGAUGUUUUUCUUAAGUGAAUAGAGCCUAUAAGAUGAUUUUCGGGUGCAUUUUGGUCCAGAUAGAUCAAAAUUGCAUCAUAGUUGAUCUUUAAAAGCUUAAGAAUCAAAUUUCAGCUCUUUUAAAAAUUAAAUUAGUGCUUAAAUUACACAAAUUAACACAAAACAGAACCUUUAAGUCACAGUUUACACUCCCCCUCGAACGAUACUCACUUUGCUUCACGUCUUUGUCUUCACCAAACAACAUUUCAACUCACAAACUCCCAGCGGUCGUGACUUUAUCCGCCGGUGCAGCCCCGGCCCCGGCCUCUCUCGGCUCCGGGUUUGUGACGUCAGGGUCAGAGGUCAGAGGUCAGAGGUCGAAGGGAGACCUGUUUACUCACAACACUACCCACCUACCGCCGCAACAACACGGAGAAUAUGCAACCGGCUCGGACUCUGGAUACAGCUCUCAGUUGUCACAAAGCGCUCUUCACUUUUUCCCGGACUUGGGCGGAGUUCUUCACACGGGCUGUCGGGACGAGGCCUGGACGUGGCACCUUACGUUUUUCAUCACCGUGAAAAAUGGAGAAUUGGUUUUAAAGAUAUGAAUGUAUUUCGAAUCCCCACCCUAAAAAAAAAGAAAUGAUUGGAGAGAGUGCGAGUGUUUUCGAGUAAGAAGAAGCACCUGAAGCACCUUUUUUUGUGAAAUUAAACCAUGCAAUUCGUAGGUGGAAAAUAUUGUAAUUUAUUUUUCUGAAUGUAAAGAAAAAAAAAUGUUCUAAAUGUCCUAAUUUGUGCGCAGAUUCUGAAACUGUAUUCGGAAUCUGGCUUUUUUAUUGAUACUUUGCGGUGACGUCGUGCUGGGGGGUGUUCCACGUGUGCGUCCAUGGAGGAAUGUUCGGUAGUGACCAUGGCGACACAACGCACAAAUGAGCAAACGCUGCCAAAAAAAAAAAAAAAACUUCUACGAUUGUCUGUUAACGUGAGAAAAAGUACAAACGUGACUUAAAGAGCACAUUUUCUUUUUCCCGUGAUCACUGCGAGCGUUCAUGGUCCCGUUUAGGAGUUUGAUUUUCAAGAAAAUUGCGACUAAAGGAGAAAUUCGAUUCUUCAACUGGAUAAAAGUUUAUUUGGUCGAAUACAUUUCAUGAGGGGAAGCGCUAACUACACUGAAACUACUCUGAAACUAGUAAUAAAUAAAUAAACUUUUAUCCAGUUGACGAAUUAAACGACGGAGGGAUUGUGCACACGUUUCAACAAAAAUGUGAACGUGACUACUUGAAAACUGUCAGAUUGUGUUGAGAUUAAAAUCGAACUUGAGUUACAGAGCUUUAGACGGAGCAGUGCCUCACGUUAGCAUCACCCCCACCCCCCAGAGAAUGUCCACGACCGUCGACCGGCUGCAAAGUAUCAAUAGGGAAUGCGCACGCUAAAUUGAAAUUUGUAAACGCAAUCAGAAAUUAUUGUAAUUUCAAGACAGUGUGACAUGACAUUCAAAUCGUUCUGAUCCUUCUUCCCCAUGAGACAAAUGUAAAACACAAUCACAAGUGUUUAAAUGUUCCGUAUUAUGCAAUUUUACGAUCUGUUCUAACGUCGUUUCCUCGUCAAAAUAAGACCUGGAGUCGUGUUUUGUUUCGUUCACACGUUGAACGCACAAACCCGGCACGUUCAGGCUGAGUUCUUGUCUCAAGCUGGAAGCUGACUGCCAAUUUCUGCGGAAGAAAAACUAAAACGUAGCUGAUAAAA